AUGCACGAUACUAAGAAUGCGUUGUCGGUUCAGAAACUCAUCGCCGAACUCGCCGGCACAAUCAGGACCAUGGACCAAAAAGACCAGCAGCUUGUCGAUGCCGAAACCGCUCAAAGCCAGUCCUGGCUAGGAACAUGGACGACGGCCUUCUGGGAAACAGUAUGCAGAGAAUGGGCUUCUAUCGAUCAGUGGCGCAUGAACAAAGUUCUCUUACUUGUCCGGUUCUUCAUCAGAGAACAAUUCGGACUUGUUUUGGGAUGGGCAGUCAAGGAAGAUCCAAAACUGAAAGGUCAAGUGGCCAGUCCACUUCGGAUUAUCAAGGCCUGGCCGCUUAGUCCUCGCGAACGCAAGGUACCAGAUGGCUUGAGAUUGCAUGUCCUGGAUGUUUGGGUUGAAGAACUGGCCGGGCAACUCAACGCAGUCCAGAAAGUGCUCGAUGAUGAAGAUGCGGAGAACAGCAACUCGGAAAGCAAGAAGAGUGUCUUGUUGAGCUUGGCGCAAGAGUUUAUGGAGCCAGUGCGGAAAAUCAGCCGGGAAGCCCUUAGCAAAGGUGUAAAGAUCAGAGCGAAGGAGGCUGUCAAACUGGCCGAGGAGCAAUUAUCGGGAUGA